AACUUGCACUGUGCUAGAAACUGCUUCAUAGCCCACAACAUAUAAGAUUUGCAAAAUAUUGUUUUUUUAUGUAACAAAUAUUAAUAAUACCGCUCACAAUAGUUUGAAAAUUUAAAACACGAAAAUGGCAAGUUUGGAAGGAGAGAAUGCACUCAUGAGUAUGGUGCAGGAUAGUUUUGCAGAGUUUACGACUUCUCACGCCACGAUGAGUCACUUUGAAUUGGUAGGAUUGGAGUAUCUGGAGGUUUUUGGUGGAUACACCAAGGAUGUGAUGGACACAGCCACGAGGAUUUCAAAUUUAGGACUCAAUGGCACUCCACAGUUUUAUUAUUGCAAGAUUAAUAUGGCCACAAGUGAAAAUUUGACUCUCUUACAAGAAUACCAAUUGCUGUGGAGUGAAAAAGUUCAAGAACGAUUGAAAUUUGGCUCCACUUACAUUUAUUGAAAAGAUGAAUUUGAAAGAAUGCUUUUCUAGCUUGACAAUGCAAACUGUCAUGCUUUUACAAAUUCAAGAUUUGACUGAAUAUUAUCAGGAAAAGAGAAGAUGGAUGGUGGAAAAUAUGGAAUACUCGUCAAUUCCAAUAUUUUCUGGACGAAAGAUUUGUGAAAAUGAGAAGAAAUCAUUCGAAUUGGUAGAAAUGAAAAGUCCAGAGGAAAUGGUUCAGUUUUGGACUUGUCAAUCCGAUGCAUUUAGUGGUGUUCCACAAAUUUCUGAUAAUUUGAAGGAAAUUAUUAGAAAUGAUACUUCGACAGUUGCUCCAGAUUCGUCUGUGAAAAGUUUCACUGUUGGAAUUAAGCAAAAACUUUCGAAUGGACAAGUGGAAAUAGUUGCUUGUGGAAAAUUAGUGAUGGGAAAACAUGUUGCUUCUAUUAAUCAUUUGGCAACUCGUGAUGGACACAGAAACCAAGGAUUUGCAACCAUUCUCAUGGUUUCAAUGAUAGACAUGGCCAAACAAUUAGGUUACACGAAAAUGGUUUUAGAAGCAACUGAAAUGGGAAUUGGAAUUUAUGAAAAGUUUGGUUUCAAACCAGUUUAUGACUUUUACAUAUUCGAAUUGGAUCAUAAACAUUAAAUUUCAUCCUUAGGAACUUUCUUCUAGAUUAUUUAGUUUUUCAAUGAAAGAAAAACUAAAACAUUCUUUUGAUAACCAUUAAUUCCACAUCCUCCAAUCAAAACAAUCUUAUUUCCCACCAGAGUCAAAGUAUGUCCAUAUGAAUAAGGCAAUUCUUCUUUGAUUGUCCGACCAAUUACUAAUUUUGAAAGGUCUCUCCAGUUUCUUGUUUUGUAAUUGAAUGCAAGAAAUUGAUUAGUUGAGCUAUAGGUGGACCAUCCACCGAAAAUAAAUAAUUCAUCACCAACCAAAACAGAGGCAUGAUAAAGUGUUGGUUGUGGAAUUAAUUUGGAAACUGGUUUAACUAAUUCCCAUUUUGAAUAUUCUUGGAAAUAUUUGGAAUUAUCUGGUAAAACAAUGUGAAGAAUCCAAAUUUGAUUUUGAAUUCCUUGAUUUGUUCGUCCUCCAAAUAAAAUCAUUUGAUUUGUUCCUUCAAUUAAAUGUGCUGUAUGACCAGUGAUAUUCCCAGGUGAAAUACUAUUUCUAUCCAAUAUCAAUUUAUACCAAACUCCAGUUUCUAAUUUCAUAACAUAGAUAUCAUGAUAAACACUUUGAAAUUCAUCAGAAACUGAUUGACUUCCUCCAAAUAAAACUAAAUAUCCAUUGUAGUGAACCAGUGAAUGGGUGUCCAU